CCUUAUUCUUCAAGCAGUUACAGAAAAAAAAAAGAUUUACUUGAAGACCUGACUCUGAAAUCGAAUGAAAAUCUAGUUCAUAUAGCAUCCAAACAUGGCAAGAACACCGUUGUCAAGGAGUUGUUAGCUUUGAAACCUUCGUUAGCUGAGGAACCAAACAAAAGCUGCCAUUACUCCAUCCAUCUGGCGGCUGCUCAAGGAUAUGAAAAUGUUGUUGUAGAGCACUUGAACGUUGAUAGAGAUCUAUGCAUCAAGAAGGAUCAUAAUGGAUGGACGCCUCUGCAUUGGGCAACCAUCAAAGGACGGAAUGGUGUUCUACGUCUACUUCUGACUCCAGAGUCUAUUCAAUCCGUGACAGGUAAAGGACACAGCUGCUUUCACCUUGCAGUUGAGUAUAAUCAGUAUCGAGCCUUUAAAAUCCUGCUGUUUUAUUUGGAACUGCUCACCUAUGAAGUCAUGGAGACGAUGAUUAACCUAAGGGAAAGUAAAGGUUUUGCAGUCUUGCACCGUGUCACUCUCCAAAACCAAUAUCAGACACUAGAUAUGCUACUUUCAAGUGGAAUGAUUUCUAGAGUGCUGCAAAUAAAUAUCACUGAUGCUAAUGAACUCACACCUCUCGAUCUGUUUUACGUAUACUCGAACGAACCAGAUAAGGAGAUCGGAGAGAUGCUUAACAGAGCCGGAGCUGUAAGAGCUGGAAUACAAAGGCCUUUAAGUUAUAAAAAUACGCAAAACCUUCCUUCAGGGCCGGGAAUAUUUUCAGGGUUCUACCAAACCAUCAGCAGUAUUCCUAGCGAGAAGCUUGGGUCAAUGGUACAAUUCAUAGCAGCAUUUCUAAUAGCUGCAUUUCAAGCUGUAAACAACCCUUUUCAUUCCAGCAGUAUAGGAAAUAAAGGUGGUGAGAGACUUGGAUUCUUCUACAUCGGAGAUGUGUUGAGGGGCUCCGAAGAACAUUCUCAGUUAUUUAUAAGAUGGUGACGAAUAGCGCAAUAUUUAUGGGGUCAGCCAUACUGAUACAAUUACUGCUAUUGAACCUUCCUGUCUAUAUUCCAAUUUUUUAUUCUAUUUCUCUUACUAUCAUCAAUUAUCUAUUAUUCACUCACCAUGAAAAGAACAUUGCCUCAUUUCGUUGUCAUAUGCAGUCCCUUACAUGUUCCAAGUUUCUGGUUUGUUUGGAUUGGCGUUCUUGCCUAUGGUUUCAUAGCAAUUCUUGCCUAAACCCUAGACCCUAAACACUAGACCAAUUUACCCAAAAUAUGUAUGUCUAAUGCAAAUCUAGCACAAAUCUGUAUAUAUAAUAUAGUCUAUCAAGGGUUCGAGUUACUUAGAUGCUUGCCAAAA